AUGGCGCGUAUUGGCCUGACGCAUCUCGAUGAGCCGGACUUCAACCCUGAGAGAUACUUGGUCGACUAUGAUCCCGCCAAUUUUCACCCGCGAAAGGUUGGAAAAGACCUCAAUCAGCAAUGGUACGACGCGAGGAAGCAUAGGGGCGCAUUUGGCGGCAAAGUGGAGAGCGAGGUCUUCAUGCUGAGAGAUCUACAUUUUGAGGAAGACCCCGACCAUGACGCCGAGUGGGGACCGGUCAGGCUCCUAGGUGCAGGAGCAUAUGGCCGAGUUGGACUCUGGCAGAAACGAAAUGCGAAAAACGUCCUCAUCGACGAAUUGGCUCUCAAAGAAAGCAUCUUGGUCCGAGGGGCGGACGUCAAAAGAACCGAGGGAAGCAAGAUCAACCAGGAUAGACCGCGACUCCUCAAGGAAGCAGUGAUUCAACAUGACCUGAAUGUGAAGGAUGAACGCGCUGCUCCUCACCUGAGAAGGUACAAGUUCGUCUCGGACCACAGGUCGAAUAAGGAGGGACGGUAUCGAAUGUAUUUGGAGUUCUGCCCACAUGGCAGCCUGGAUCAUUUAAGACGGCUCUAUCGCGCAUGGGAUCAUUACCUCCCCGAAGUCUUCGUCUGGCAUGUUUUUCAUCGCCUGGCCAUCUCCUGUGAGGCACUUCGUGACCAGCCUCCUGCCGAGAGUCUAGCUAUAGAACUCGACAAGUUCUCGAGCAUUUGGGACGACCAGGAUGACGAAGCUCUGAUCUGCCUGCACAUGGACAUGAAGCCGCAAAACGUGCUUCUCGGCUACGAGCCCGAGGAUCCAGAAGAGAACGACUACCCCGAACCGAAGCUUUCUGACUUUGGCUUGUCAGAAUACACGGGUCCGAGCGACGACAGGAAUCCGUUGUUUUAUUGGUGGCGAGGAACCACGGCAUACAAGGCAACGGAACAAAUUAGCUACGGGGCGCAUUGGGUAACCCCACCCAACGGAGCCAUGGUCAGAACGCACGACGACAGGAAAAGGCGGCUUGACUACAAGCGGGCGAAGCAUAUGCAGCGCGUAUACAACCAGGCGAAUUAUGCCGGCGAUGUGUCGUUUGAUCAUUCUUUGAAUGUCUACGGUGUCGGAACCACAAUGUACGCGGUGGCGACACUGGCCAAGGACCGGCGACUCAUGCGCAUCCGAGCAAAGCACUACAAGAAAUACCGACAGAACGGGAACCACCAGAUUUCGAAAGUGCGCACCAAGCUUCCGGGUGUGUACAGCAGCCGGCUGCGAGAGCUGAUCCGCCGUUGCAUCGACCCGGACCCGUCCAACCGACCGAGCCAGCUGGAAUUGAUGGACGCGACCCGCAAAGGCCUGCGGGUGGCCGAGGAUCGGGCCCUACGUGCGCGCGAGAAACACCACGCCGAAACCGGCGGCAGUCCCGACGAAAUCCCUCCGCCCCUACCGUCGGAGAAGCUGUACUACCAUGACCAUGAGAUCAACAAUCUGCCGCAAGGCCCUGCCGGGUUCAAGCCUCUCAUGGACGACUUUAAUUACCUGAUCCGUGAUGAGUUUGUGAACCCAGACAUUCCGCGCCUGAAGCUCCCCGCGGCCAAGUACCGCAAGUUUCCGGACUCUUGGAACAAGCCCAAGGCGAAUUGGCGCACGCUGUAUUCCAAGACAAAUCGGGAAUAUCUGUGGUUCCGGCCGGUGAACUGA